AAUAGUAUAAACUCUGUGGCAAACUCUAUAAUUUGUGAGCUUACGUGAGCCGAUAAAUGCUGCAAUCGGAAUAAUUCUUAUUUUCUAGUUAUCGUGUAUUAAACAUUAUUGAACUGUUCAACAAACAGCAUUUCAUAACUCUAAGAUAUGGCUGCACAGCUGUUCAAUCGUAUUGGUCAAGUGGGUCUUGGAGUUGCCCUUGUUGGUGGAGUUGUAAACUCAGCUUUAUAUAAUGUGGACGGAGGUCACAGAGCAGUUAUAUUUGAUAGAUUUGCUGGUGUCAAGAAUUUAGUAGUUGGCGAGGGAACCCACUUCUUUGUUCCAUGGGUUCAGAAACCUAUUAUGUUUGACAUCAGAUCUAGACCUCGAAAUGUGCCUACUGUCACAGGAAGCAAAGAUCUUCAAAAUGUGAACAUCACACUCCGUAUCCUGUUUAGGCCUGUACCAGACCAGUUGCCCAGAAUCUACACAAUCCUUGGUGUGGACUAUGAUGAGAGAGUGCUGCCAUCCAUCACAUCUGAAGUUCUGAAAGCUGUGGUUGCACAGUUUGAUGCUGGAGAAUUGAUUACACAGAGAGAAAUUGUGUCACAAAAGGUCAGCGAUGACUUAACCGAAAGAGCGGGCCAAUUUGGAUUAAUAUUAGAUGACAUUUCAAUUACACAUUUAACAUUCGGCAAGGAAUUCACGCAAGCUGUUGAAUUGAAGCAAGUUGCGCAGCAGGAUGCUGAAAAGGCCAGAUUCCUUGUAGAAAAGGCAGAGCAACAGAAGAAAGCUGCCAUCAUUACAGCAGAGGGUGAUGCCCAAGCAGCGGUGUUGCUCGCAAAAUCUUUUGGAACUGCCGGUGAAGGUCUGGUAGAGCUGAGACGUAUAGAAGCAGCAGAAGACAUAGCGUACCAACUAGCAAAAUCACGAAAUGUCACAUAUCUUCCCCAAGGCCAAAAUGUACUUUUAAACCUGCCCACACAAAACUAAUAUAACCUAAGAUAAAACUAUGUAUAAUUUCUAUUUGUAGAUUUAAAAAUAAGAUACGGUUAAUAUUGUGCAUUUGGUGAAUGUUGCAUUUUGAAGACUUGUUUAUUGUUCCAACAAGAUUGUAGUCAUAUAUUAGCUUAUUGUGCAAUAAACUGUGCAUUGUUGACUA